AUGCACCAUGAUUGUACUCCACCAAUCUUUCAUCGCGAUGUGAAAUCCAACAAUAUCUUGUUGGAUUCUGAAUUCAAGGCAAAAAUUGCUGAAUUUGGCUUGGAUAAGCUCUUAGAUAAGAAAGAAGAGCUUCACACCAUGUCUGAUGUUCCUGGUUCAUUUGGUUAUAUUGUUCUAGACAUGUUAAGCCUAUCCCUUCUUUCUUUUGGAAAAAUUGUCGAAUUUGGCUUGGCUAAGCUCUUUGAUAAGAAAGACGAGCUUCACACCAUGUCUAUUGUUGCUGGUUCAUUUGGUUAUAUUGCUCCAAUUGUUGCUCUUGUUGCUAUUAUUGCUCCGUAUUUGGCACUUGUUCUAGUGGAGGUGAAUAUGAGCAAGAUGGUAUGUUUAAAUGGGAACAAUUAUAUUAUUGGGAGAAACAAUAUUGUUCGAGAUGACCUUCUUUUUACUUAUGAUGAAAACGUUAUCAAUUUGGUAUUCCAUGAGACGAGCUGGAUAGUAGAUUCUGGAGCUAUCUUGCAUGUCACACCAAGAAAAAACUUUUUCUCAUCUUAUACUCCUGUUAAUUCUGGAGUGUUAAAGAUGGGCAAUGCCAGUGAAGUUAAGGUGUUCGGUGUUGGCACAGUUUGUUUGAAAACUAAUAAUAGUUCAAUGUUAGUUCUUCAAGAUGUCAAGCAUGCUCCAGACUUCCCUUUCAAUUUGAUCUCUGCUGGUAGAUUAAACGAUGAAGGUUACCAUAAUGCCCUUUUUAACGGCCAAUGGAAGCCCACCAAGGGCUCGUUAGUAGUGGCUCGAUGA